CGAACGAUCGCAAAGUGCUAUGCACUCAUUUGUAUUCAUUCGGGUUUGAGGCGGUAUCAAGCCCUUAGCCUUAGCGCUUUAGGCUGUUCGUUGGCUCUUCUUGAACGACCACUCUUAAUAACCUCUAACCUCAAUAACUGCCUUCCGCUCACUAUCUCUAGAGAUAUCACUUCCUGACAUGGGUCAACCUGUUCAACUCCGAGUCACUCCGACCAAUAGUCGUGAUUCAAGCAAUAACAAAGUCAGGAUUCGUGUCUGUCGUCCUUCAGACCAGACUAAGAUACAAAAUCUUUUCAAAACGUGCAUUGUAUACGGCGCCGGAUCGCCUGCUAGAAUAGCUGUAGCCGAUGGCUUUCAAAAUCCCACAACCUAUGGUCUCUGCAUUCUCCUAGUCAUCUCCCUAGGCCUCAUCAUAUCUGGGAUUCCUCGAAACAUCCUUGUGGGAGGUCCGAUGUCGAUAGCUAUUCUCGUCUAUCUGGCUGUAUUGUUGCACGGAAGGAUGGAAUUAUAUGUCACAUUCGCUUAUACCAGCUGCAAAGACGACUUGGCCAAGUUGAUCGAUCAUUACGAGCUCAAAUUAUCUGACAGCGUCCCAAAUGUAUACUUUACCUCGGGACCCAGGGGCUUCUGGGUCGCAGAGGUGGACAGACCUGGUGCUUCAGAGCCAGAGAUUGUGGGAUGUAUAGGUCUCGAUCUGUCACGAAUUCACGGACCGGAUACAGGAGAGAUGCGAAGAAUGGUCGUUUCCCCUGAUCAUCGGGGGUCCGGAAUCGCUUCAAUGCUUUACGACGUUUGCGAAGCUCACGCUCGACAACACAAAUUGAAAUCGAUUGUGUUGACGACGACCCAAUUCCAGCCCCAUGGGAGGAAAUUUUACGAGAGACAAGGGUAUUUUGUUGAUAGUGACAAGAUCAUGCCGUCUGGGUUGCUCAAGAUCAAGUUUUUGUUCUAUAGAAAGUAUAUGCUAUACAAUUAGAUCAGAGUGGGAUUGGGUAUAGACAUUAGGCAAGUAAUGUAUAUAAUUAAUUAGACCUAGAAGUAAUCUCGAAGACGUACUGCCUCGUUCACAA